CUCAAAGCAGCUGGACAGCCCUGGGACUGCUACAGUGGUUGGUGUUGACGCUGGUUCCCCAUGUGGGGGAAUACAAUCCCUCCUGGUCAUGAUGCAGGGUAGGUGUGGAGGCUGCAUGUCCUCAGAUGCAGGCAGUGCUUUGUCCUGACUGAUGUGAGGGGCUAGCGGUGGCUUCCUGUGCAUGUCCAUACCAGCACUGGGACCUUAAUCACCUCACUACUACCUGCAGAACUACAAAGGCAGGUCCAGCUCCCCACCAUAUUGGGGUAUGCACUGGGGUGACGAGAUAGACCCUAUUGGGUCACACCUGACCCUGUGGGGACCCACUGUAAUGGUCAUAGCCAGAGCCCCAGCUCAUGGACAUGCAGCACCCAGGAAGGCUGGCUCCCUCAGGGACAUGCAAGCACCAAGAACGCUUGUGGGGCUGUGUGACGCCAGAAGUGGAGCCAGCCUCAUAUUUGGGCACGAAGCAUGUUAUUGGAGGCUGGGACCCAGCAGGAGGCUGAUAACCCUGCUGAUAACAGCUCCCACUGUAUCUCACCAUCCUCAUUGGCUCCUGCCAGCAGGGGCUGCCUAUAUCUCCCCCUCCUCGUGCUGAGCGUGUGGGUCAUGAUGGUUCCUGCCAGGGUGCUGGGACUUCUCCUCUGUGUGCAGCUCUGCAAGGGCAGUGAGGAGCUGCGGCUGGUGGAUGGCGGUGGGCGCUGUGCCGGUCGGGUGGAGGUGAAGCAUGAGGGCGAAUGGGGCUCCGUCUGCAGCUACAACAUCCAGUGGGACAUGCAAGCAGCUGGUGUGCUGUGCCGGCAGCUGGGCUGUGGGAAGGUGGCCCGUACAUCCACAUAUUCCCUAUUUGGGAAGGGUGAGGGACGCAUCUGGCUGCAUCACUACUUCUGCGACGGCACUGAGGCCACCCUGCAGGACUGCCGUAACUUGGGCUGGGGCAAACACUUCUGUGACCACGAAUGGGAUGUUGGAGUGAUUUGCUCAGAGGCAAUGGAGCUGAGGCUGGCAGACGGCGGGGGACCCUGUGAGGGGAGAGUGGAGGCAAAGCUGCGGGGACGCUGGGGCACUGUGGCUGACAAAGCCUGGAACAUGAAUCAUGCUGAGGUGGUGUGCCAACAUCUGGGCUGUGGCUCAGCUGCUCACACUACGCAUACCUGGCGAUUUUCGGAAGAACACAUUCCGCUAAUGUUGGCCAAUAUCAGCUGCAAGGGGAAUGAGAAGGCCAUUUGGGACUGCAGCAUUAGGGGUUGGGGUCCAUACAAUUUUCCUCGUGAUCAUAACACCUCUGUGGUUUGCCAAGGGUUCUCCCGACUGGUCGGAGGGGACAGUGAGUGCUCAGGGAGGCUGGAGGUGCGGCAGGGCCGGUCCUGGGUCAGCAUCUGCCAUGGCCAUGUGAACCUCAUGGCUGCCCAGGUUGUCUGCAGAGAGCUGGGCUGCGGGACAGCACUGGCCCUAUAUGGGACUGGGCAAUUUGGACCAGCAGAGGGGUCAUUCUGGGAUGGUUCCUUUGAGUGCAAUGGCACCGAGCCCCUCCUGUCCGCUUGCGCACAGCAGCCUCUCAACAUCCAGACCUGCACACAACCCACUGCUAUCAUGUGCUCCCCCUACACCGGGUUCCGACUGGUGGACGGAGGCUCAGACUGUGCUGGGCGGGUGGAGGUGGAGGCACGAGGGGUGUGGGGGCCCCUGUGUGCCACUGCCUGGGACCUGCCCGACGCCCAUGUCCUCUGCCACCACCUGGGAUGUGGCUCUGCCAUCUCCAUACCACCACCAGGCCACUUUGGGAUGGGUACAGGAAGGCUGCGCAGCGACGCCCUCAGCUGCAGUGGGAGCGAGCGGCACCCAGGCGAGUGCCCUGUGGAGGUGCUGGGGCAGCCUGCCUGCACCCCCGGGCACACAGCCGGUGUCAGCUGCUCAGGUGUCGCUGAGCCCCUGCAGCUCCACGGUGGGGAGAGCCGUUGCGAUGGACGUCUGGAGGUGGCUGUGCGCCCUGGAGUCUGGGCCCGUGUGUCUGUGGGGCUGUGGGACAACGGCACUGCCACUGUGGCGUGCCGGCAGCUGGGCUGCGGUGUGCCUGAGAAAAUCUAUGCUGUGCUGGACAAUGGCUCCAGCCCCAUGGAGUUACAGGAGCUGCAAUGCGCUGGCACCGAGGAGCUCUUGGCACAGUGUAACGUAUCGGGGAUGGCCAAGGAGCCCAGCAAGAGUCCUGUGGGUUUGGCCAUUGCCUGCUCAGGAAGCAAGCAGCUGAGGCUGGCGGGCAGCCCCAGGCGCUGUGCCGGCAGGGUGGAGGUGUACAGCCAGGGCAGCUGGGGCACCGUCUGCCAGGACACAUGGACCCUGCAGGAUGCAAACGUUGCCUGCGCCCAGCUGGGCUGUGGAAGGGCCCUGGAGGCACCUGGAUCUGAGCGCUUUGGGCCUGGCACUGGGACGCUGUGGCCGGGUGCUGGGCACUGCUCUGGGUCAGAGGAUGCUCUCUGGCACUGCACAGCCCCAGUGCAGCAUGGCUGUCGGCGUGGCGGCGGUGCAGGCGUCGUGUGCUCAGGGCUGCUGGACCUGAGGCUGACGGGGGAAAGCAGCAGAUGCAGUGGGCACCUGGAGGUGCUGCAUGAGGGGACGUGGGGUCAUGUUUGCGCCAAUGACACCAGCCCUGCCACGGCCACUGCCGUCUGCCGACAUCUGGGAUGUGGCACUGGGGGAAGUCUGGCAGCCUUCCCUGCAGAGGGCUCAGGCCGUGCGUGGCUGAGCUGGGUGAGUUGUGAGGAGGGGGCCCGCUCCCUCUGGCGCUGCCCCUCAGCACCCUGGCAGCUGCAGGAAUGCGGCCCUGCCGGGAUCACACACAUCACAUGUGACGAGGACACCAGCGACAGGAGUGAGGUCACCAGCCCAGCCCCAGCUCUCACCCACAGCACUGUCCCGCUGACAGCAGAACCAAGGACCGUGUCAUCGCUCACGGUGCUGUGCGUGAUCCUGGGGACACUGCUGUGCCUGGCCCUGGCUACCCUGGCUGUGCUGGCACACCGUACACGGGCCCAGUGCCAAGGCCGCAGCAAGGAUGCUGCCUCCGAGGCUGUGUAUGAGGAGCUUGACUACAACUUGAUUCCUGAGUACCAGGAGGUGCCCAGCCGCACAGGUUCCCUGUCUCAGGGCUCAGGGAAAGCAGAGUCUGAUCACAAUGGAUAUGGUGCAGAGGAGAGUGACCUCCAGGUGUCCCCAGAGUCCCCUGCCCAGCCCCAGCACAGCCCCUCACAUGGCUACGAUGAUGCUGUGGCUGUGCCGGAGGCGUCUCCCUCUCCCCACCCCGGGGAUGCCCCAGCACAGCCCCCCGAGGACACGGGGUAUGAUGAUGUUGGUGUCAGCACCAUGGGGACAUCGCUGUGAGCAAACUGUGGGGACAUGGCUGGAACUGGGACCUGUGUGCCCUGUGAGGGGUGGUUCUGGCCUUGGCAUCAUCGCCUCUCCCUGCCUGGUGCAC